ACUGCUCUCAGGCAUUCUUUGUCACAGGGGUCGAGGGGAGAGGGACAGAGAGGGCUGAGGAUCACAUGGUGGCCUUUUUUUGGGUAUGUGACAGCUUCUGCUUUAGUCUUUUAGUGCUUCCUUUUAUCUCCUCUUCAUGAAACCCCUUUCAAAACCUCAAAUCACCACCUCAUCGGCUGAUCAGUGAGUGCCUUCUCCUGCUCCUUUAAGAGCCCUCUUCCCCUGCCCUCAUUUUUCUUCAUCCCUUACCUUUGCCCAAAAGGCAACAACAAAGCUAUAUGAUGCUCUGAUCGCUUCGCCGACCGCCAUCGCAAUCCUACACAUUGUGGUGACGCACCAAGAUAACACAACCCCUCUGCUUUUACUACCCUCCAUAUUACAAGAGGCAGCUCAAGGAAUUGCUCACGCCAUGGAGGUUGCCAUGCUCUGCACAAGAGUUAGCUUGCUCAUCCUCAUCCUCUCCCUCUGCUCUCCAUACAAGUUCAUACAGAGUCCCAUGGACUUCGGCCCCUUGAACCUGCUCCCCACCACCACCACCGCGUCCAGCGAUUUUGGUAGGAUACUUUUCCACUCUCCAGCCGCAGUGCUGAAGCCCCAGUCCUCAAGGGACAUCUCCCUGCUUCUCAGCUUCCUCUCUGGCUCGUCUCUGAGCAAGGUCACGGUGGCGGCCAGGGGAGCAGGUCACUCCAUUCAUGGCCAGGCCCAGGCUCUAGAUGGCAUUGUGGUGGAGAUGUGCUCUUUGCCUGCCGAGAUAGAAUUCUACAAAGGAGGAGAAGGAGAAAUUUCAUAUGCUGAUGUGAGUGGUGGGGUUAUGUGGAUAGACCUCCUGGAGCAGAGCUUGAAGCUUGGGCUAGCUCCAAGGUCAUGGACUGACUACCUCUAUCUCACCGUUGGUGGAACGCUGUCCAAUGCUGGCAUCAGUGGGCAGACAUUUAAGCACGGGCCUCAGAUUAGCAAUGUUCAACAACUGGAGGUAGUCACAGGACGAGGGGAGAUUGUGACAUGCUCACCCAGCAAGGAUGCAGAUUUGUUCAAUGCGGUUCUGGGUGGCCUUGGCCAGUUUGGCAUCAUAACUAGGGCCAGGAUCCUGUUGCAGGAAGCUCCAUUGAAAGUGAAGUGGGUGAGAGCCUUCUAUGAUGACUUCAGCACCUUCACCAAGGACCAGGAGUUGCUGGUAUCCAUGCCGGAUUUGGUGGACUAUGUGGAAGGUUUCAUUGUCUUGAAUGAACAAUCCCUUCACAGCUCCUCCAUCGCCUUCCCUGCGAAUUUGGACUUCAACCCAGAUUUUGGCACCAAGAACAGCCCUAACAUUUACUACUGCAUAGAGUUUGCAGUCCAUGAUUACCAGCACAAGAACACUAAUGUGGAACAGGUUGUGGAUGUUAUCUCUAGGCAGAUGAGCCACAUGGUGUCCCAGUUAUACAGUGUGGAGGUGUCCUACUUUGAUUUUCUCAAUCGGGUCAGGAUGGAAGAGAUGAGCCUAAGGAGCAUCGGGCUAUGGGAGGUACACCACCCAUGGCUCAACAUGUUUGUGCCAAAGGCAGGGAUUAAUGACUUCAGGGACCUGCUCAUGGACAACGUUUCACCAGAUAGCUUUGAAGGCCUGAUCCUCAUCUACCCACUCCUCAGAGACAAGUGGGACACCAACACAUCGGUCGUGCUACCAGAUUCCGGAUCCAUGGACCGGGUGAUGUACGUGGUGGGCAUCCUCAGGUCCGCAAACCCUGAUGGUGGCUGCUCCCACCACUGCCUCCAGGAGCUCCUCCGCCGCCACCGCCGCAUCGCCGACACCGCCGGAGUUCACCUCGGCGCGAAACAGUACUUGGCUCACCACCCGACUCCGUCUGGUUGGCACCAGCACUUUGGCCGGCGGUGGGAGCGGUUCGCGGAGCGCAAGACCCGGUUCGACCCGCUACGCAUCCUGGGGCCCGGCCAGGGCAUAUUCCCCAGGAGCGACGACAAUGCUGCGUAUGGGAGCUAGCUUAUAACCGGCAGAAAGUGAACGUGGCGGUACAAUAAGGGGAUAUAGACAGCUGAGUAGGAUGCGAUCUUGUUCUUUCUUUUUCUGGAUCUUCUCUUGAGUUUCCUCGGCAUUUUUGAGGCGUCGGAUUGGGUUAUUCUGUGGGGGUGGGGGCACUCUUUGAGUUUGAGAGGACCCGGUGGUGAACAUCACUGGGAAUUUUGGAACUUUGUACAGGCUGAGGAAGCACAAGCUCUAGAGAUAGAGAUAGUGAUUCUAGAUACUGCGUGUUUUAUUGAUAUAGCAGAAAAUAUAACACUACAGCUUUGGAAGGUCA